AUGCAGUCCUUGGGACAUUCCGCGCAGCGUGGGAGAAAACACAUCGUCGAAGAAAAGCAGAAGAACGAAGCGAAUCUGAAAGAAAAUGAAGGAUAUAUCGCGCAGAACACUGCCUUGAUGAAGCAGCAGAAGGCAGACUUGGAUGCAAAGGCUGAAGCGGAAAAGGCUGCAGACAAGGAAAGAAAAGAGAAGCAAAUUGCAGCUGAAAACGUCCUCAAGGGCUGGGACACACGUAAAGAAAAGGAGGCGGCGGCUGUAGCGGGUAACAAAGCAAUUGGGGAGGACAGCACUCAACUCGACCAAUUGACGGAUGAUGAGAGCUCGUAG